GACGCUGCCGCAUUUCACCAACUGGUAACAAUGUACUGCCUCUCCAACCAUAAGCCGGUGGGUACCCUACGUAGCUCGGCAUUGGGGACGCCCGUAUGCAGCAUCCAUUGAGCGGUAUAGAUAAAGGUCGCCGCGUAAGUGGAGCGUAUCCCAUGCCUGAGAGCCCAAAGUCAACAAAGUCAACAACAAGGAGAUAGCUUCACGGACCAUUGUGCCCAUACUCAUUGGCUCACGUUCCAAUCAACCGAUGUCACACGGCUACUCAUCCUACUUCAUCAAUCAGCUUUCUCAAGAUCGGUACGGCACCGAUGUGCCGACCCUGUGGAACGAGAUAGAACGUCUCAACCGGAGGCUCAGACACAAGAGCGACGCUCUGCUGCGCAAGGAGCGCGAGUACAACGAUCUCAAGCGGCGGCACGAGAAGCUGAAGUCCAGCUAUCGAAUCAUCUUCGAUGCGUAUGAUCGUGUGGUUGACACGCUGAAGGAGGAGCGUAGGCGUUGGAGGAGGCUCGCUUACUAGACAAUGCCAACCCAAACGCACUCUACUGAGGCAAGGCCCGUCAACGUGGAUACAACCGUCUACAUGCAUGUAGGCAACGAACGCUGUUUUCAAUAAGUGCUGAAAUCAUUGAAGCUGCGGUCUUGGAAAACAGGAUCGCACGUGUUGAAAAGACGUAA